UUUUCCUCAAAAUCUUUUUUGAAAAGCCUUCAUCUCUAUCAGUUGUUCUUCGACAGCCAUGGGAAGAGCUCCAUGCUGUGACAAAGCAAAUGUGAAGAGAGGCCCUUGGUCUCCCGAAGAAGACGCCACCCUCAAGAACUACCUUCAGACCCACGGCACCGGUGGCAACUGGAUCGCUUUGCCCCUUAAAGCCGGUCUAAAGAGAUGCGGCAAGAGCUGCCGGUUGCGGUGGCUUAAUUACCUCAGACCAGACAUCAAACAUGGAGGUUUUACUGAAGAAGAAGACAACGUUAUAAGCGCUCUCUACAGUCAAAUGGGAAGCAGGUGGUCUCUGAUAGCGUCGCAGCUCCCCGGAAGAACCGACAACGACGUGAAGAACUACUGGAACACGAGGUUGAAGAAGAAGUUACUCGCCGGGAAAUUAUCGAGCUUUAAUACCGACAACAACAAUGGCAGUCUUAUGAUCAGUGGUGCUCAAAAACCAGAGGCUGCUGCUGUUUCGUUGCCUCAUUAUUCAACCCCACUGCCGAUUUUAUCUGAUGUUGGCCAUGGAUUCUUUGUCAGUAGCAGUAGUGGUACCUCUCAGAGCCUGUCUUUGGACCAAGUCAUGCUGUUUUCUCCGUCACCCACGUGUCCAAAUCCAGAAAACAGUCACAAGAACGUCGUUGUCGUGCCGUCCCAAGAAAGAUCCGCCGUGUCGGAUUCCCCCGGUAACCGAUACACUGAAGAUACGGGCCGUAUUCUGGUCGACGAUCAUCACCACCAACAGUUUAGCUUCGAGUUCCCUUAUGAAUUCAUCAAUGGUGAGAUCGGUGUUCCGAGUUUAGUCGAUUUCUCUCACGCUGACAUAAAGGUGACUCGGGGACUGAGGCAAAGCGUCGUUAACCGAUACUGA